CGCCUAGCUUCUCAAUCCCAGCAUUCACACGUCCCUCUUUGAAUCCAUCCUUCACCGUUAUUAUUAGAAGAGAAUUUAAAAAAACAAAAAAUUGAUAAAAAUGGUGGUGGUGGUGGAUGCAGCACCGCCCUAUUAGUAGCUUAACAGUCCAGCUGAAAUGCCUUAUGCCUCUGUUUGUUUGUCUUCAAAUUACCAUUGGAGCUGGCGAUAACUCUCAGCAUACUCCCAAUUCAGAACCAAUCAAUCAAAACUGGAAAGGUUGUCUUUUUUUUUUUUUUUUAACUCUUUUUCCGACUAGUUGAGUUCUUAUUCCUUGCCACCGCCAUACUGCCAUAACCAUCUUCAGUGUUCCCUGCAUUGCAUAUUAUUGUUAGUAUCACUGGUUGAGUUGAGUUUUCUCGGACUAAUUCUACCUUUCGGGUUCCUGGGUAGCUUCACUUUUUCUUUCAAACUUUAUUCCCAAGAUGGGUUACGUCCUGGGUCUCUAAACCCUGCGUUUUGAUGCUGAUUUCGACCAGGUAUCUUCCGUUCUACUCCCCUCCCAACAUGGGAGUUGUUACUGUUGUUCUGUCGUUUUUGUUGUUGUGGAAUUGUAUGUGUUUGUUUCCUGUGUGUGGUUUGAGCUCUGAUGGGAAAGCUCUAAUGGCUCUCAAGAGCAAAUGGGCAGUGCCCACUUUCAUGGAAGAGAGCUGGAACGCCUCUCAUUCCAGCCCAUGUUCAUGGGUUGGAGUUUCAUGUGAUGAAACCCACGUUGUGGUUUCUCUCAACGUCUCCGGUUUGGGAAUAUCCGGCCAUUUGGGUCCGGAGAUUGCAUAUUUGAGGCACUUGACCAGUGUUGAUUUCAGCUACAACAGUUUCUCAGGUCCAAUUCCGCCGGAGUUUGGAAAUUGUAGUCUUCUGGUGGAUUUAGACCUGUCUGUGAAUGGUUUUGUUGGUGAAAUACCCCAAAACUUGAACAGUUUGGGGAAGUUAGAAUAUCUGAGCUUUUUUAAUAAUUCAUUGACUGGUGCAGUCCCUGAAUCCUUGUUUGGGAUUCCGAAUUUGGAAAUGCUUUACCUGAAUUCCAACAAACUCAGUGGUUCAAUCCCUUUGAAUGUUGGAAAUGCUACUCAGAUUAUAGCCCUAUGGUUGUAUGAUAAUGCAUUAUCAGGCGACAUUCCUUCUUCCAUUGGAAAUUGUAGUGAAUUGGAGGAGCUUUACUUGAAUCUCAACCAAUUUUUCGGGGUUUUGCCUGAAAGUGUAAACAAUCUUGAGAACCUAGUUUAUUUAGAUGUGAGCAAUAACAAUUUAGAGGGUAAAAUUCCUUUGGGUUCAGGCUAUUGCAAGAAAUUGGAUACUUUGGUUCUGUCAAUGAAUGGUUUUGGUGGCGAAAUUCCACCAGGUUUGGGCAACUGUACUAGCUUAUCGCAGUUUGCUGCUUUGAGCAAUAGGUUAUCAGGUAGUAUUCCAUCUUCCUUUGGACUGCUACAUAAGCUCUUGCUUUUGUACCUCUCUGAAAAUCAUUUGUCGGGAAAGAUACCACCUGAGAUUGGACAAUGCAAGUCCUUGAGAAGCUUGCAUUUAUACAUGAACCAACUUGAGGGGGAAAUCCCAAGUGAAUUAGGGAUGUUGAAUGAGUUACAAGACCUCCGUUUAUUUAACAACCGGUUAACCGGUGAGAUUCCUAUUAGUAUUUGGAAGAUUCCAAACCUCGAGAAUGUUCUUGUGUAUAAUAACAGUCUUUCUGGAGAACUGCCUGUAGAGAUAACUGAGCUCAAGCACCUGAAGAACAUUUCCUUGUUCAACAAUCAGUUCUCUGGAGUCAUACCUCAACGUUUGGGGAUUAACAGUAGUUUGCUGCAGUUGGAUGUUACAAAUAAUAAGUUCACUGGUGAAAUCCCAAAAAGUAUUUGCUUUGGAAAACAACUGAGCGUGCUGAAUAUGGGUCUGAAUCUACUUCAAGGUAGUAUUCCUUCUGCUGUGGGAAGCUGUUCAACUUUGAGAAGAUUGAUUCUUAGGAAGAAUAAUCUGACAGGGGUUCUUCCCAAUUUUGCAAAAAAUCCUAACCUUUUGUUGUUGGACCUCAGCGAAAAUGGCAUCAAUGGAACAAUUCCAUUAAGCUUGGGGAACUGUACCAAUCUCACCUCCAUCAACUUGUCAAUGAACAGGCUUUCAGGACUAAUACCCCAAGAGCUAGGAAACCUUAAUGUUCUUCAGGCUUUGAAUCUUUCUCAUAAUGAUUUAGGAGGUCCAUUGCCAUCUCAACUGUCAAAUUGUAAGAAUUUGUUUAAAUUUGAUGUGGGGUUUAAUUCAUUGAAUGGUUCAUUCCCAUCGAGUUUAAGGAGCUUAGAAAAUUUGUCAGUUUUGAUUUUGAGGGAGAAUCGUUUUACUGGGGGUAUUCCAUCUUUCUUGUCUGAACUACAAUAUCUUUCAGAGAUACAGCUUGGUGGAAAUUUUCUGGGAGGAAAUAUCCCUUCAUCGAUUGGAAUGUUGCAGAAUCUAAUCUAUUCAUUGAAUAUCAGUCAUAACAGAUUGACAGGUUCACUUCCCUUAGAGCUUGGGAAGUUGAUCAUGCUAGAGCGAUUAGAUAUAUCUCACAACAAUCUUUCAGCUCUAUCAGCUCUUGAUGGACUCCAUUCGUUGGUCGUGGUUGAUGUUUCAUACAAUCUUUUCAAUGGUCCUCUCCCAGAAACUCUACUUUUGUUUUUGAAUUCAUCUCCUUCAUCACUUCAGGGCAAUCCUGACCUUUGUGUCAAAUGUCCUCAAACUGGUGGCUUAACUUGCAUCCAGAAUAGGAAUUUCAGACCAUGUGAGCAUUACUCAAGCAACCGGAGAGCCCUUGGAAAAAUUGAAAUUGCAUGGAUAGCUUUCGCAUCAUUGCUCUCAUUUCUUGUGCUUGUUGGACUUGUUUGCAUGUUUCUCUGGUACAAAAGAACAAAACAGGAAGACAAGAUCACUGCUCAAGAGGGUUCAUCUUCUCUACUCAACAAAGUAAUAGAAGCUACUGAGAAUCUCAAAGAAUGCUAUAUCGUUGGAAAAGGAGCCCAUGGAACUGUUUAUAAGGCUUCGCUGGGUCCACACAAUCAGUAUGCCUUAAAGAAACUUGUGUUUGCAGGGCUUAAAGGAGGAAGUAUGGCUAUGGUUACAGAAAUUCAAACAGUUGGAAAGAUCAGACACCGGAAUUUGGUCAAGUUGGAAGAUUUCUGGAUAAGAAAGGAAUAUGGUUUUAUCUUGUACAGGUACAUGGAAAAUGGAAGCCUUCAUGAUGUUUUACAUGAGAGGAAUCCCCCACCAAUUUUGAAGUGGGAUGUUCGCUACAAGAUAGCCAUUGGAACAGCCCAUGGAUUAACAUAUCUGCACUAUGACUGUGAUCCUGCAAUUGUGCAUCGAGAUGUCAAACCGAAUAACAUACUUCUAGACUCAGAUAUGGAGCCUCAUAUCUCUGAUUUUGGUAUUGCUAAGCUGCUGGAUCAGUCCUCUUCUUUGUCACCAUCCGUCUCAGUUGUGGGUACAAUUGGAUAUAUUGCACCAGAGAAUGCAUUUACAACAACAAAGAGCAAAGAGUCUGAUGUAUAUAGCUUUGGGGUUGUCCUGCUUGAACUGAUUACCAGAAAAAGGGCUCUAGAUCCUUCAUUUAUGGAGGAAACUGACAUUGUGGGGUGGGUUCAGUCUAUUUGGAGGAACUUGGAAGAAGUUGAUAAGAUUGUUGACCCAAGCCUUCUGGAGGAAUUUAUAGAUCCAAAUAUCAUGGACCAAGUGGUUUGUGUGCUUUUAGUGGCUUUAAGAUGUACGCAAAAUGAGGCAAGCAAAAGGCCUACAAUGAGAGAUGUUGUUAAUCAGUUAACAGAUGCAAACGCUCCUGCCAGAGGCAAAAACAGCUAGUUUUUAUAGACUUGGUUGUGCUCACUGGUAAACCCCUUUUCUUUUUCGUUUUUUUCACUUUUCUUGUUUUGAGUGAAGUCUCUCUCAAUUACAUUGUGUUCAUGAUUGUCUGGUUUUUUUCAUGCCCAUAUGAAGAAGAUAACGACCCCGAAACUCUUUUGUACUCUUCAUCUGUUCUCAAACACCCUCACUAUUGAAUUAGUUGCACCUCCAAGAAAUUUGAGACAACAAAUUGUUAA